CGGGGCGCAGCUGGGGGCCGUGCCGCGCGCCGAGCCGGGUCCCUUCGCGGUGAGGCCGGUCGGACCCCGGCGGCGGUCAUCCCUUUCUGUCGAUGGGGUGCGCCUGUGUCCCCGACUUGAAGGCGGGGCUCCUGGGAACCGUGGCGUUUCUUCUCCCGCUAGUGUGAAAGGGGCCGCUGGGCGUGCGGGGGCCUGUAGGAAGCGAUCGGGCCCGCAGGUCAAUGGCCAGCAAGGAGGGGGGUCCGAGCCGGCGGCGGCGGCGGCGGCGGCGGCGGCGGCGGCAGUGGUGGCAGCGGGAGACAAAUGGAAACCUUCACAGGGGACAGACUCCAUCAAGAUGGAGAACGGGCAGAGCACAGCCGCAAAGCUGGGACUGCCUCCCCUGACGCCUGAGCAGCAAGAGGCCCUCCAGAAGGCCAAGAAGUACGCCAUGGAGCAGAGCAUCAAGAGCGUGCUGGUGAAGCAGACCAUCGCCCACCAGCAGCAGCAGCUCACCAACCUGCAGAUGGCAGCAGUGACAAUGGGCUUUGGAGAUCCUCUCUCACCUUUGCAAUCGAUGGCAGCUCAGCGACAGCGGGCACUGGCCAUCAUGUGCCGGGUCUACGUGGGCUCCAUCUACUACGAGCUGGGGGAGGACACCAUUCGCCAGGCCUUUGCCCCCUUUGGACCCAUCAAGAGCAUUGACAUGUCCUGGGACUCCGUCACCAUGAAGCACAAGGGCUUUGCAUUUGUGGAGUACGAGGUCCCAGAGGCCGCCCAGCUGGCCUUGGAGCAGAUGAACUCCGUGAUGCUGGGAGGCAGGAACAUCAAGGUGGGCAGACCCAGCAACAUAGGGCAGGCCCAGCCCAUCAUAGACCAGCUGGCCGAGGAGGCGCGAGCCUUCAACCGCAUCUACGUGGCUUCUGUGCACCAGGACCUCUCGGACGACGACAUCAAGAGUGUGUUUGAGGCCUUCGGCAAGAUCAAAUCUUGCACACUGGCUCGGGACCCCACGACUGGCAAGCACAAGGGCUAUGGCUUCAUUGAAUAUGAGAAGGCCCAGUCGUCCCAGGAUGCCGUGUCUUCCAUGAACCUUUUUGACCUGGGUGGCCAGUACUUGCGGGUGGGCAAGGCUGUCACACCCCCUAUGCCCCUGCUUACGCCGGCCACACCUGGAGGCCUCCCGCCUGCUGCUGCUGUGGCCGCAGCUGCCGCCACAGCCAAGAUUACGGCUCAGGAAGCAGUGGCUGGAGCAGCGGUACUGGGUACUCUAGCCACACCUGGACUGGUGUCCCCUGCCCUGACUCUGGCCCAGCCCCUGGGGGCGCUACCCCAGGCUGUCAUGGCCGCCCAGGCCCCGGGAGUUAUCACAGGUGUGACCCCGGCCCGGCCUCCCAUUCCGGUCACCAUCCCCUCUGUGGGAGUGGUGAACCCCAUCCUGGCCAGCCCUCCGACACUCGGUCUCCUGGAGCCCAAGAAAGAGAAGGAGGAGGAGGAGCUGUUUCCCGAGUCGGAGCGGCCAGAGAUGCUGAGCGAGCAGGAGCACAUGAGCAUCUCUGGCAGCAGCGCCCGCCACAUGGUGAUGCAGAAGCUGCUCCGCAAACAGGAGUCCACAGUGAUGGUUCUGCGCAACAUGGUGGACCCCAAGGACAUCGAUGACGACCUGGAGGGGGAGGUGACCGAGGAGUGUGGCAAGUUUGGUGCUGUCAACCGUGUCAUCAUCUACCAGGAGAAGCAGGGCGAGGAGGAGGAUGCGGAGAUCAUUGUCAAGAUUUUUGUGGAGUUUUCCGUAGCCUCUGAGACUCACAAGGCCAUCCAGGCCCUCAAUGGGCGCUGGUUUGCUGGCCGCAAGGUGGUGGCUGAAGUGUAUGACCAGGAGCGUUUUGAUAACAGUGACCUCUCUGCGUGACCUUAGACCCACUCCCUGGACUUGCACUUUCUCCUUGUUUCCUCUGGGUUUUAUAGAGUGAUUCGGUGGUAUCUUGGGCCCAGCCGCCCAGCCUGUGGAUAAAGGUGCAGAUGCUGCUGGCCCUGAA